CUUCUGAUGUCUAUUGUCCCCCCAAGCACCCAGUAGAAUACAAACUCCAUGAGGGCAGAAAUUGUUUUGCUUUCCUGUACUCACUGAUACACACCAAGUGCCUAGCAUAGUCCUAGCACAUGACAGGGAACAAAUAAAUAUUUAUUGAAUUGAUGAAUGUACUUUGCCCCUUACCACAGAAAGUGGGGUAAGGGAAAGUGGGUGAGAGUGGAGAGAGGAGACAAAGGUCCUUGUGAACCCUCCUACAGUAGCUCUGACUCAGAUGUCUGCAGCUUCAGAGCAGCCAGCUGUGCCCUGUCCCCUAACACUCCGGAGUCUCUUAUCUCCCCCACCCCACAAAGGAAGAGAGACGGUGAGUUUGGGGUUGGGCAGUUACCAGCGUUGUUUACACCAGGACUUUAUAAUUUAAAUAAAUCGCUGGGGAGAGUCAUGAAAGACACCUCGGAAUGAGGGAGCUAGGCGGGAGAACUUAGGCUGAAGCAAGGGGUAGGUCUAGAAGAACUCUCAAAGUUGGACUGCCCAGAGCUUUAAAAAGAAUGUAUACAGUGGGGUUCCGUGGCGCAAGCCUGUCAUCCCAGCUACUGGAGAGGAUGAGGCAAGAAGAUCCCAAGUUCCCUGCCAGCCUCCGCAAUUUGGCUAGACCUUGUCUCAAAGUUUAAGAAAAAAAGAGGGGAUUGAGGGGUGUAGCUCAGGGGCAGAGCGCUUUCUAGCAUGCUGGGAGCUCUGUGUUUCAUCCCCUGUACCACAAAAGGAAAAAAUAUAUAUUGUUUCUAUACCGCAACAAGGGCCACUCUACCCCGCAGCGCUCUACCUGCCAGCCUGGGAAGUGCGGAGGUGGGAUAGAGGGAGGAGGAAAGCGGAAUCGCUUUCAGCUGACAACCCUCCCGAACUUCCCCACUUACCACGCCCGCAGGAAGGGUGGAUGGAAAGGCGAAGGGGAGAAAAGGUCCAGGGCCUCCAUUCUCUCAGCAGGACCCCCACCCUGGCCUCCGGUGCGGGAAUACCGCCCAGCUGUUUCUGAUUCUUUCCUUCUCGCAGCCCCGCCCGAAGGGGUGGAGGACACUGGGGGAGAGACUGAGCUCUGCGGAAAACCGGACGUAAGGGCCUGGGCGUCCGCGUCGGGUCCGCAGGUGUGCCUUCUUGGCUUCCGCCAUUGAUUGAUUCCCCGAUCCCAGGCUGGAGAAAACACCCGGGCGGGGCAGGUGGGUAGGCAUUGUGUCUAAAUGUUGUGGUGAAAGGGGAGAUCAGUGCAGUGGAUCGGAAGAUGUAGGGAAUCAGAGAAUCCCCUACCUGAAACCAGAUGCCCACCGCGCCUCUGUAGGCAGUGUUGAAAAGGGAGUUAAGAUUCUCCUGCAACUCCGGUGGCAAGGUUUCUACCCAUUUCACAGAAGUGCAAGAUGGAGAGGACCCAACGAAAUGAGUGCAUCUUGUGGCUCAGCUCCACUGUCACUGUAAGUGAGGGAACAGGGAGAAGUGUCUGCAACCCCCUUCCAUUCCAUACGCCUUGCCAUCAACCACAGCCGCAGAAAUUGCCAAACGAAGGGCGCUAGGACCCGGUGGCACAGCAUCAGUAGGGACUGGGCGCUACAGGCGCUGAAGGGCGCUGCUGUCCCGGUCGCGUGGCGCCCGAGCAGGUGGGGGCGCAGCGCUGCGACGCGCUGGAGAGUCCAGGGGCGGAGGCGGCCGCCACACCUAGGGUGUCGCGGAGCGCCCGGGUCUGGCGCAGGCGGAGUCGCCUUGAAGGCCGCGCGUGUCCCCGGUCUCGGCCCCGCCCCGCGCCGUCCAAUGAGAGCCCGCGGGCUGGAGGGGCUGUCCGCACUUUCGGCCCCGCAGCUCCACACGGUGCCUCUGAACCUCUGACACCGCACCUCGUGCUCUGGCAACGCGCCCCAAGACUCCGGCUCCGCGCCCCGUCGUGGAUUUCCCGACACGGCAACUUGGAUCUUUCCGGGACCCCACGCCCGGCUCUCGGACUCCGCGUGACCGCAGGUCCCCAACCGACUGCGAACUCCAUGGCCACCCAGAGGGGUGAGGCAGGAGCAGCCUGAGUAACCCCAGACUGUGCCCCGUGCACGCCCCUGCGGGCUGUGCGGCGGGCGUCUUCGGGGAGCUAUGCUGAAGCCUGGUGGUGCGGAGGAAGCCGCGCAGCUCGCCCCUCGGCGCGCCCGCGCCCUUGCCCCUGCGCCUGUGCCUAGACCCGUCCUCCCCGACGUCUCUCCAGCUUCGGCCCGCUUAGGUCUUGCCUGCCUUCUGCUGCUGCUGCUGACUCUGCCGGCCCGUGUAGACACGUCCUGGUGGUACAUUGGGGCACUAGGGGCCCGAGUGAUCUGUGACAAUAUCCCUGGUUUGGUGAGCCGGCAGCGGCAGCUGUGCCAACGUUACCCAGAUAUCAUGCGCUCAGUGGGUGAAGGUGCCCGAGAAUGGAUCCGAGAGUGUCAGCACCAGUUCCGCCAUCACCGCUGGAACUGCACUACGCUGGACCGGGACCACACUGUCUUUGGCCGUGUCAUGCUCAGAAGUAGCCGGGAAGCAGCAUUUGUAUAUGCCAUCUCAUCAGCAGGGGUGGUCCACGCUAUCACUCGUGCCUGUAGCCAGGGUGAAUUAAGCGUGUGCAGCUGUGAUCCCUAUACCCGUGGUCGACACCGUGACCAACGUGGGGACUUUGACUGGGGUGGCUGCAGUGACAACAUCCACUAUGGUGUCCGCUUUGCUAAGGCAUUUGUGGAUGCCAAGGAGAAGAGGCUUAAGGACGCCCGGGCCCUCAUGAACUUACAUAAUAACCGCUGUGGUCGCACGGCUGUGCGUCGGUUUCUGAAGCUAGAGUGUAAGUGCCAUGGUGUGAGUGGCUCCUGUACUCUGCGCACCUGCUGGCGUGCACUGUCAGACUUCCGCCGCACAGGUGAUUAUCUGCGACGGCGCUAUGAUGGGGCUGUGCAGGUGACGGCCACCCAGGAUGGUGCCAACUUCACAGCAGCCCGCCAAGGCUAUCGCCGUGCCACCCGGACUGAUCUUGUCUACUUUGACAACUCCCCAGAUUACUGUGUCUUGGACAAAGCUGCAGGUUCCUUAGGCACUGCAGGUCGUGUUUGCAGCAAGACAUCUAAAGGAACAGAUGGUUGUGAAAUCAUGUGCUGUGGCCGAGGGUACGACACAACUCGAGUCACCCGUGUCACUCAGUGUGAGUGCAAAUUCCACUGGUGCUGUGCUGUGCGAUGCAAGGAGUGCAGAAACACUGUGGAUGUCCAUACUUGCAAGGCCCCCAAGAAGGCAGAGUGGCUGGACCAGACCUGAACACACAGAUACCUCACCAUCCCUCCACUUCAAGCCUCCCAACUCAAAAGCACAAGAUCCUUGCAUGCACACCUUUCUCCACCCUCAACCCUGGGCUGCUAUAGCUUCUAUUUAAGGACUUGGAGAAUAAUCCAGAAGGACUAUGGUGUCCUGGUUCCUUAGCCCUGGGAAGGAGUUAAUAGGGGAUAUAAGAAACUGAGUGGCUCCCUGAUUUCCCCUUUGGAGGUUUGAAGGGGGAGCAGAAGAAGUAGGGGGUCUUCGGAGUGAUUUGAGUUGCACUAAAGUACCUGGUCAAGGCUCAUUUUUCCUUUCCCUUGCACUGGUUUCUAAUACUUCUUGGAUAUGUAAGAGAAAGGGUACCUGGAAACAGCUUUCUUUUGACCCUACCCUGGCUGAGGGUGGACAGGACAGAGAUGAUACUGCAUGAUCCUUUCCUGAAGACAGUUUGAGCAGACUGCCUGAUUCUCCAAGAGAUACUCUUAGGCUAAGCAUUCUACUAUCAAGAGCCUAAGAUUACUAGAGUUAGCCAUAGAGGAUAAAGUUCCAUUCAUGUGCUCAUAUGAUUAUAAACUGUUGUGUUUUAUAGGGGGAAAAAAUCAUAUGACUACAAACACACAUUCUUUUUCUUUUCUACCUAUAUCAGACAGUACUGCUUCUUUUGUUCACUUGUUGCCUGUUCAAACUGAGGUGGCAUGCAAUGGUUUUAUGUUUAACAGAUCUUGAGAACAUCCUGGAACAGUACUGGGAGAGUACACAUUAUUCUGGAGGUUAGUUAGGUUUGGGAAACACUAAGUAAAAGGUAGGUAACUCGUGGAGGGUGGGAAAGGGUAAAGAAUAGCUGAUCUCAAGGGCACAUGAGGCAUCAGUAUAUACUAGGAAGGUAGUGAUCUAUGGCUUUGGUGAUUUUUUUUUUUUUUUUGAGACAGGCUCUCACUAAGUUGCUCAGGCAGGCCUCCAACUUGUGAUCCUCCUGCCCCAACCUCCUGAGUAGUUGGAAUCACAGGCAUACACCACUAUGCCCAGCUUAACUUUGGUAAUUCUUUAGGAGAGGAUCCUAACUUUUGAAUCUAAGGGCAGGAGUCACUGGAUACAUAAAGAGAGCUGGGGCUUAGGCCAAAAUGAUAAAUAUCUUAGAAGGCAAUAGCCUUCCCCCAUUUACUCAACAAAUCUUUAUUUAGUGAUUCUCCAAGUCCUAGUGGUGAUAAAUAUUCACUCCACAUUUGGCUUAAAUAGGGGAGGAUUCCUUCCAUGCUACUACCUGUUGCCUGACUUAGGUUUGUAGUAGUGAAGUCUCUAGAGAUAGCAGGUUUAAUAAUGGACAGAGUCCCCCAAACCUAAUUUUAUGUGACUUAGUGGUUAUCUCUUGCCUGUUGGUAUUUUAAACUAGCAGAGUGGUAUAGGAACUUUCAGUGAAGAAUUGGGUUAAAAUCACAGUUGUGUCACUUAUUGGUUUUUGUAUUUUCAGUAAGAUCCCUAAAUUCUCUGAGCUUCUACUUUUGUAAAAUUUAUUUUUGUAAAAUUAGGGUAUGUACGGGCUGAAUUAUUGAGACACUCUUCACCAAAGCCCCAGACGGGUCAAACUCAUCAUGACUUCUCUAGGGACUUCUAAUUUAGGAAUGCAUGGUCUUACAAUAGGCUGUAGACCAAGGGGCUUACAAAAUAAUCUGGAUAUAGACCCCCUUUCCUUUCCCAAGUUCCUUCCCCAUAUCCCUUAGGGUCCUCAUAUGUUUGUGGAGCAACAUCACUCUGUAGAGGCAGCAGGAAGUUGGGAGAGCCACAGUUCUGGACCUUGGGGGGCAGAUUUAUUUGAAUGAUAGGACUAAUAUUUAUGUAACCUGCUGAGACCUGUGUGGGAGAGUUUAGGGUGGUUUUUCUUUGGUGAGGAGAUUUGCUCCAAUUUCAAAUCCAUUAACACAAAACAUGAGCUAGUCAGGGUCGUUGUGGUCUGCGGUGAAGGGAUGCCUGUGGAGAAAUGGGACUGAGUGAGUCAGGCCAAGGGAAUGUCUUCCUUGCAGAAUGGAGUCAACUGGAUAACUGGUGAAGCAGUGUUGGGAUUAGAUAGGGGGUGGGAAGAAAAGUUUCUGACAUCUUGGGCUGGGAUUAAGAGGAAGAAAGAUUUGGAAUAGUAAGAAGGUAAAGGGGGCCAUGGCCAGUCUAAACUCAGGAACAGCGUUGAAUGGAUUCACUAAUACUGCCAUGUAUACCAGACUGCUGAGAAGAGCCUCAGGUCCCAGCCAGCCCUGCUCUUUCAAGAACAUCCAGAUACUACAUUAAAGAUGGCAUAGGCCUUUCAAGAGAAGUCAACCUGAGUUAAAAACUUCCUGUGCCCUAUUAUUGAUUCUUUGAUUUUUGGUUCUUACCCUGUUAAAGGAAGUGAGUAGACCUCUUCUGGCAUCUCAUAUUACUCUAUGCUUUUUUUCUCUGAGCUCCAAAUUCUAGCUUACAAAGAUGCAGAUUUUGCAACUUCCUAUAAUUGGUUAAGAGAACAAGCUGUCCAGAGAGUGAGAAGGAUAAGCAAAAGAAAAGAUAUUUCAGCCCCAAUACAGAAGCUGUAUGGCUAAGCAAUUAAAUUUUUCCUCUUAGUCCUUAAUUUGCUUUUGCAUUCCAAUUAGCUUUAGACAACUGGCGUUCGUUCUGCACUAUACAAACAAACUAAUUUAUUUGGAACAAGCAACGAAAUGAGAACUUUAUUUGGUGUGGUCAAGACUCCAUUUCUGUUACUCCUCCACUCUGUCUCUAAGCAACCCCUCUUCCAUCCCUCCCAUAUUUGACAGCAGUCUGUACCAUCUGCAGCAUCCUAGCUUCUCUCAUGUCUCCCACUUCUCCUUGUUGGUUCUCAUUUCCUUUAACUUUUGGUAAAUAUUUAGGUAUAAUGCAUUGUAGUAAGUGCUAUUUGGACACAAAGUUUAAAAAUUCUAUCUCUAUCCUUUGAGUAUCUUUUUAGAGAAAGCACAUUACUAAAGUACCUCAGCUGCACAAUCUGUAACAAGUAAAAUAAGAAGCCAGUCUUAACUUACUUAGCCUUGAAGUUAAGAGCCAACUUUUAUUGUUAUUAGCCUGAAUAAUGGCACUAAUCCAUACUCUUUCUUACAGGAAUGUUAGUAAAAUGAAAUCAGGGACUUAAGAUUAAUUAAAAGAAUCCAAUAUCGCCCUGAGGGUCUGUUCCUAAAGUUUUGUGGAUCUAACUCAUGAAUACACACUGCCUUGUUUCUACUCCUCCUGAUGCAGAGAAUAUUUUUUCCUUUCACAUCCCUUAUCAAGAACACUAACCACUAAGUCCUUUGCCAAAUUCUCAGACCCACUCAGGACAUGAGAGUCUACAUAGCUUAAUAAAAGACAGAUAAUCAGGA